GGAUGUUAUUCCAUUCACCAGACUAUAUUUUAAGUGAUCAUUAUACGCUGAAGUCCGACCGAUGACGGUACAUGAGAGUUUGUGAGAGCGACGCCGACGACAGUUUGAAACUGAACUCGCUUCGAUCAAAAGGCAAAAAUCGUCAUCUCGCGGUUGACUAGUGUUACCGCAACCCAUUAAGGAUCGAUUUAUUGUGAAUAGUUCGUUGGUUGUUGGGAUCGGAGACAGCCAAAAAGCGAUUGAAUUCGUUCCCGGAAGUGUGGAGUUGCAGAAAAUUUCUGACUUUUUCUCUUCUCGUUUUCCCUACACGACGGUGGAACAGACAGAUACGGAUCUGAGUCUGCAGAGGAGAAAUUUUUGCUAAAAAAUGGCCGUGAACGUGUACUCAACAAAUGUAACGACAGACAAUCUGUCGCGACAUGAUAUGCUCUCGUGGGUCAACGACUGCCUACGGUCACAGUUCACGAAAAUUGAGGAACUAUGUACGGGUGCCGCUUACUGUCAGUAUAUGGAUAUGCUGUUUCCGGGCUCAGUGCCAAUGAAACGCAUAAAGUUCCGCACGAACCUAGAACACGAAUACAUUCAGAACUUCAAAAUCCUGCAAGCGGCAUUCAAGAAGAUGAAUGUUGAUAAGAUUAUCCCAAUUGAUAAACUAAUCAAAGGUCGUUUCCAAGAUAAUUUUGAGUUUUUGCAAUGGUUCAAAAAGUUUUUCGACGCAAACUACGACGGUAGAGAGUAUGACGCUUAUCUGGCACGGGAUAACCUACCGAUGGGAAUGGGUGGCGCUGGUGCACCGAAGGGCAACGGAGUUGCAGUAGCGGCAGCUUCCGUGCCUCGCCGGGCACCGUUGGUUUCAUCCACAUCACGAGAUAAAAUUAAGCCGAUGUCCAAAGUCACACCCAGUAGACCGAUAGCGCAAACGGUCAGCCGACCAGCGGCUGUAUUAAGCUCCACCGCGAAUGCCAGCAAAUCAUCUUCGCAGAACAGCGUGACGAAUCAGCAGGUGGAAGAGCUGACGACGCAAGUGAUGGACAUGCGGUUACAUCUGGAAGGACUCGAAAAGGAGCGUGACUUCUAUUUUAGCAAGCUGAGAGACAUUGAAAUUCUCUGCCAAGAAGACGAACAGAAUGAAACCCCUAACUCGUUGAUCCAAAGAAUCUUGAACAUUCUGUAUGCAACGGAGGACGGAUUUGCCCCUCCAGAUGAUGUUCCACCAGAGGAAGAAGAGUACUAAAAACAUUUCGUUAUUAACGCACCACCGGUUUUGACGAACACCAUCAUGCUUUACCGGCCACGGUCAGGACUUCCGCCGGACUCAGUCGUCAUCCAUUAAUGUUUUCCAAAAAAACAAAAGAAAAAAAACGCACCACAAAAUCUCUACGACCUCCUCGAAGUGAUGUGCCAGACGAAUAUGAUCUGGUACAAGAUUCAACUAGUAGCUAAGCCUAGAGGGACAGGAUCAAGCGACACUGAUCGUGGAAAAGGUGGCGUGCGUGUGUGUACGAUCAAACGAGACACUAAGAGAAAUAAGAGGAAAAUGCGAAAGCUAAAGCUCACCUUAUGAGAGAAGAAGAUUGCGGUAGUGGCAAGGUUUUGUUUCUUUUGUAUUUAAAAUAAUUCAUUAUUAUAAAUAACUAUUAUCAAUGUGACUAAUCAGAGCAGUUUUUUUUUUUGCAAACGAAUCAUGAAAAAGAAGCGUAAAGUAGUUAUACAAUGAACGAUUUAUUAACAUUGGGACUCUAAAACAACCAAACAAGUAUUGCAUCUACACGUAUAUAUUUACGCAAAAUUAGAAGAAAAAACAUCAGCAUUAAUUGCAUAAAGAUUUCGUUCCGGCAUUUUUUGUGUCCAAUUGCAGAGCGUGUUGUUUGUAAUAUUGAAAGCAUUUGCGGGGUGGGUGCAAAUCGACUGUUCUCAACUGAGUGUGUACUGUUAUGCAUUUCCUUUCCGGAUUUUUUAGUCAUCUGGCUUUGUGGGCUGCAUUCAUCGAUUGCUUUUCGAUCAUUUGUGAAAAUCAUAACAAGCAGUGAAUAAGCAGUGGUCCAUGUUCAAUACAAGAUGCCUUGCUACCUAUUUAUACUACCAGUCUUACACGACCGAGUGAUUUGUUUGACAGAGCUUAUUCAUCAAUAUCACAAACCUGCUACCAAUAGAAACAACUCAAUACCAGUUUUGGCAACUCAAUACCAGCACGAUAUUUAUUUGUUCAAAUAGUAUAUCGUUCUUUACAAGUGUGGUUGCUGUAUCAUUAGAAGUUAUUUGCACAUCAUGUUGGUAAAUAUGUGGGAAAUGAACAAGAACAGUUCUAAUUUAUUUUUGUAAAACAACUGUAUCAGAACAUAAUGUAUGAUAGGCAUAUAAGCAUUAGCUCAAAUACCCUGUUGAUAAGAAGGCAUUAAACAGUAAAAACGAACAAAAAUCUUCACUCUUUCUAAUGAUAAAUGAUGGCGAGAGUGACAUUGUGAAACAUUUGUUAACAGUAUCUCAAAACAAAAGUGCUAAUUGAUUUGCUGCGACAAGUAUGUAUAGAACACGAACAAAAAAUCUGAUAUUCUAACAAGUCUUGAGUUGAAAAAAAUAUUUCUACGACGUGUCUCUGCUAAUUGAAAAUUCUUUUUUAAAUCAAUAGAAAAUACUAUCUGCGAAAAUGUAA